UUUCGCCUGCGCGCCUUCAGCACGCGCAUUUGUUUUCCUAUCGAGAUUGUUGCUCCCCGUUGCUUGCCAGCACAGUGUUUAGUUGUUCGUAAAAGAUUGUUCAGGUACCAAUAGUGAGCCGAAAUUUCCCAUCUCGCAAUUUGAAUUUGGAGCGUUAUAUUGAUUAGAGAUCGGUCUCUCGAUGGAGUGAUGUUUUUUUUAUAACGACUGACCUUUAAGGAUCGCUUUGUUAUACAUUCUGCAAUCGCUAAGAAAGAAUACACAGAAUACACGUCAAAGUAGCGAGUGCAAAAAGCUAAGCUGCAGUUCCGCUGAAAGUGACACUUUCCACUUGCAAAGACUUUCCAACAACAAGCGCGCAAACAUCAGCAAUGAUCAACUCGUUGCCAGCUAGCACACAGCAGUAGACUUCAUCGCCUAUCAUCAAUUAAGCAAGUGUGUUGAAAAGAUGUCAGCGAUGUUGCUACUGAUUGUCAAGCUCUUGCUAAUCUUGGGGCUAAUCACCGACACGCGAUCGUGGAGCAGCGGUCGAAGCCACCAAGGCUCCAACGCCAAGUGUGAGCACCUAAACGUGUCGUUUUGUCGUGGUCUCAGGUACAACCUCACUGCCAUGCCGAACUUCAUGGGCCACGAGGAUCAGCUGCAGGCUGAACGUGGGCUGGCGACGCUGAUGCCUCUGGUCCACUACAACUGCUCGCGGCAUCUACGCUUCUUCCUGUGCUCGGUGUUCGCCCCCGUCUGCUCCGAGCACGUGGCAAUGCAGAUACCGGCCUGCAAGCCGCUCUGCCUAUCCGUCAGGCGCGACUGCGAGCACACCUUGCGAGAAUUGACGCUGCCGUGGCCGCACAUGCUGGACUGCGACCGAUUCCCCGACAACAGUAACAUUCUGUGCGUGCAGCCACCGCCGGAAGAGAGUCUGGCGCCGGAAACAGCGCCGUUUUUGCACGACACCAAGGACAAGCAAGCGGAUGACGAGGACGAGGACGAGGAGGAGGAGGAAGAGGAGGAGGACGACGACGACGACGAGGAUGGGAACGAAGAUGAGAAAGAUAAAAAGCAAGCGCAAUGGCCGGUGGUGCAGCCGAUGCAACCGAUGCCGUUGCCACCGAGAGAUCGUUUGCAAAAGUGCCCUGCGCCUUUCGUCGAAUCACCCUAUGUCGACGUUGUGAGUUUUUCACGUAAUUCUAUCCGCGCGUUCAUGCUCGUGACGUCCUGCGUACCGCGCUGUGGCGAGGACGUCUAUUACCGCGACGAGGACAAGCAAUUCACCGACCGCUGGAUGACCGGAUGGGCAUGGCUGUGCUUCCUCUCCACUCUCUUCACGCUGCUUACCUUCUGGGUGGAGCCCAUGAGAUUCCGGUAUCCCGAGAGGCCUAUCGUCUUCCUGGCGCUUUGUUACAACUUCCUCUCGCUGGCUUACAUCGUGCGAGGUGCCGUUGGCCCGGAGCAAUUUGGAUGUGCCGCGCAAGCCGACGGGCCGAGUUACGUGCCGGUGAACGACGGCAUGAGAAGCGCGUCCUGCACGCUCUGGUGGGUGGCGCGUUACUACUUCGGACUGGCCAGUAGCCUCUGGUGGGCGAUCCUCUGCGGCUGCUGGCUGCUGAGCGCCAGAAACGAGUGGAGCAGCGAAGCGCUUCACAACAUUGCCACCUAUCUGCACGCCGUCGCCUGGGGCACUCCGGUGCUCCUCACCAGUGUGACGCUCAUCUCGAGAAGCCUGUCAGCCGACGAGCUAACCGGUCUCUGUCAAGUGUCCGACGAAUCAGUUCUGUGGCUGGAAAUUCUACCCAACGCAAGCUUACUAAUUCUAGGCUGCGUCCUCGGCGGGAUAGCCGGCUCCGCUCUGAUCCGAGUGCGUCGAGCGAUCCGCCAAGCGGGACGCAGCGCCACAAAACUCGAACGUCUAAUGACCCGUCUCGGCGUGUUCGCCGUUCUCUACGCGCUGCCGGCUCUCAGCAGCAUGGCUUGUGCUCUUCGCGAAUCUCACAUUCGUCCUAAGUGGCGUACUCUGGUAUUUCUCGCAGCCCUCGACUGCCGAUCGUCCACCGACUGCAUACCAGGCAGUUUGCCCAAUCACAAAGCUUCUGGCCUCGAAGUUACGCUCUUACGAUUGUUCUUGUCAUUGGUCAUCGGCAUCACUUCCGGUAUGUGGGUGUGGUCAGGAAAAACUUGUAGAGCCUGGAGUAAACUGCUCGCUGCUCCUAGCAAACCAUCGAGGCAACAGCAAGCUGCCCAACCCUUCCAGGGAUACAAACACGAAGCUGCUAAUGUCGCGUGAUUUUAAUCUCGUUGUUAUUGUUGAUUGACGUUGACACUUUUUUUAUUAUUUAUUUUUUCGAGAGACUUUUUGCGUGCGAUCGACGAUAUACUUCAUUCAUGACUGUUCACUUUCAAAAUGUGGCUUUCUUAAUAUUUCUUUUUUACGAUAUGUAUGAAAGCUUCCAGUCAGCGAUGUGAAACAUCACUGCUAGAAGAUGGAUUAUAUGUUAAGUACAUGUUUCUAACUGUAUAGCCGAUUACUGAACUACAAUGGCUUUGUUAUAUUUAUGAGAGUACCAAAAAUAUAAAAGAUCAAUAAUUAUGUAUGAAUGAUACGAGUGAUGUUAGCUGAAAUAAUUGUGACUAUGUGUUAAGAUUCUAGUUCACUAAUAACUAAGUGUAGGUGGAAACAUUUGUAUUAACAUUUUAUAUCAAAACUAUUGACAUUUUUUAUGAACGAUUAUUAUCCUAUAGCAUUAUUUUUUGCUAGGAAAAUAUUUGUGAAUAUAAAUUAAAUGUUUGUUACAUUUUGAUAAAUAUUUUAUCCACAUAGGUACUCAAUGACAAAUCAUUCAUGGAGUGACGUCUUCAGACAAUCCGUUUCCAAAUUAUGCUGUCACUCUUACAAUAAAUUAGACAAAUAUAUGUGAUUACUGCAGUUAAUUUAUCUUUAUCAAUACUCAAUAAUAAAAAGUGUAUGUUUGCAUAUAAUAAGACUUUUUACUGUAGGAUUCUCAAAAUAAAAAUGUAAACACUUCAAUGCUGCCAAAUUGUAUUUCAAACUGACUAUUGCUUGAUGUUACAAACACAUACACAUAUAUUAUAAGAGAUAGCUAAUAUACUUCAGAAAACAAAGACUGUAUAUAAGUAAUGUACAUAUUGUAAA